AUGGCCGACUUCUCUCAAUAUGGAGGCGCAAGCGACGAAUGGAGGGCUACCGAGAAGACCAUCACAUUCUCUUCGGCGAGCGCGGGGAUCUCGCCAGUAGAUCUUCAGAAGAAAAUGAACGAGACCCGUGAACAAGCCGCUGCAAAGGCAAUGGAAUCGAUGAAGGACUUGGUCCAGAUCCAGGACUAUUCAAUCCCAACCAGAGACGGCUCGGCCAUUGAGGCUCGCCUCUAUCGUCCCUCGUUAGCGUCUCAGGAUGAUCGGCUGCCGGUCUUCCUGUUCUUCCACGGCGGCGGCUUUCUGAUGGGAACCCUGGGCACAGAAGACGCCACCUGCUCCUGGAUUUGCACGAGUGCUCAGGUUGCUGUUUUGCACGUGAAUUACCGGCACACACCCCAGUUUCCAUAUCCAACUGCAUGGGACGACGCAGAGGACGGAUUCAUCUGGCUUCACAAAAACAUCAACUUGGUAAGGGGAGAUGCUGAUCAGGUGAUUGUCGGGGGCAUCUCCGCGGGAGCCCAACUCACAGCGUCUCUGGUUCUCCGGAAGAACAUGGGCGAAUCUUCAACAAAGGAUUAUCCGGAGAUCGCCGGCCAGGUUCUCAUGAUUCCCUGUCUGGUGGGCUUUGAGGCAUACGAGCCGCAACUCAAGAAAUUGAGGGACCCCUCGGUGUCGUCAUACAAGGAGAAUGAGAAUUCCGCCCUGCUUCCGAUGCGGACUGUUCGCAUGUUUACCGAGCUGCUCCAAGUCGGUACACCCGAUCCUGCAGACCUUCGUCUGUGCCCUGGGAAUGCUUCAGUGGCCGACGUGAGGGGCUUACCUCCGACCACCUUUGGUGUUGCCGGGCUGGAUCCCUUGAGGGAUGAGGGGCUGCUUUACUCGCAACUCUUAGCCGAAGCUGGAGUACCUACUGAUACUUACGUAUUUGAGGGCGUGCCACACGGUUUCCGACGAUUUGGAGACCUAUCCCAGUCGAAGCGAUGGGAUGCUGUGUUAACACAUAGUGUCGGAUGGUCCCUGUCGCAGCCAAAGGCCAAUGAAUUUUUGGUCAAGACUGAAGGACCAUGA